AUGGAAAUCACUCCCUACGAGACCACUCGGUCAAGGUCACGUUCUCGGUCGAGAACCAGAAACUCGACCGCUAACUCUCGCUCCACGCUGGCUACAAGAAGACCCUCGUUGGGUCUGAGGAGAUCACUCUCGUCCUCGUCGUUGGCUAGUCUCACGCUAACGCAGCAGCAUUUCGAGCAUGGAGCAGAGAUGACGAUUCCCCUGGUGCUGGUGACGCUAGAUAACACGUUGCCGUUGGAUUUUUUCAAGCAGGAGCUCAUUGCCCUCAUUAGAGCCCUCAGGAUCAGCAAAUGGCACAAGAAGCACUUGACCGUGCAAAACGUUGUGGUGACUCGUAUCUCGGGAGCACUUACCAACAGCAUAUACAAGGUGGAGUUGAAGGACCCCGUGACCUCUGCGCCGUCGUUGUUGUUGAGAGUGUACGGUAAGAACGUGGAGUCGAUCAUUGAUCGUGACUACGAGCUAGGGAUCUUGGUGAAGCUUUCGCCCAAGAAAAUCGGGCCCAAACUUUUGGGAAUCUUCUCCAAUGGCCGCUUUGAGCAGUUUUUGGAAGGUUUCGUCACGAUGACCAAGGACGAUGUGCGGAGCCCGGUGAUUUCCCAGAUGAUUGGGCGCAGAAUGAAGGAUUUGCAUUACAAAAUUGAUUUGGACGAGAAGGAUCGUGCUUGCGAGCUUCCGCAGGCGUGGAUUCAGAUCUUCAAGUGGUUGGGCAAUUUCGAACGGGACUUCUUGCCCAUGUAUAAAGAAAGCGAAAUCACCGAUAUUUUGCUUUUGCCGUGGCCCCAGUUCAAACAAUUGCUUCAUGCUUACAAGGACUGGCUCUUUGCCAAGUAUGACCAGGCAAGAUUCUCCGAGAACUACAAGUUUUGCCAUAACGAUACCCAGUACGGCAAUUUGCUUUUGAGAAACACUUUUGACCCCGAAGAGGUGAUACAGCCUGCGCCCGAGGGCAGCAUGAUCAGCACCACCAACAGAAGAGACAAUGACUUGGCAGUGAUUGAUUUCGAGUACUCUGGUGCAAACUUCCCAGCAUUUGAUAUCGCUGAUCACUUUGCCGAGUGGAUGUCAGACUACGCUGACGAGAAGCAGCCUCAUGUUAUCCACGAGGAGGCGUAUCCAAAACAGGAGGAGAUCAUCAACUUGAUCAAGUCGUACAUUGAGUACGACUUCAGGAUCCCUACAUCCAACUUAAAGACAAUAAGCAAACCUUCAAUUAAUGAGUCGGACGUGCUGCAGAUGCAAGAAUACGAGGUGAAGAAGCUCUACAAUGAAGUGAUAUUGUGGCGGUCCACAGUUCAGUUCUUCUGGUGCAUCUGGGGACUUCUUCAAAACGGGCCACCUAAAUCUACCGACGCAUCGGCUUUAGGGUCUAACUCCGAAGAGAAGGGUGUUACAAGUACCUUUAAAAUCACCACGGGUAUCGACGCCUUGAGUGUCGACGACAUCGCCGUGGUAGAUGACGACGAGAUAAUUGCAUCCACCGACGACGAGUUUGACUACCUUAAGUACUCGCAGCAAAAGGCUGCCUUAAUUGUCGGCGACAUGAUCUCGUUCGGGCUUUUGAGCAUCAACGACAUCCGCCCCGAGCACCACAAUCUCAUCAAGUUCCUCGACACACGCACAUUUGACAUUUAG